UUUUUUAUGCCGACAGUCCUUUUAAGAUUAUAUAUUCGUUUCAUAAGAAAUAAGACAUUUACGUAUAAGUAACAAUUAGCUAUCACUCAUCGUGUCAACUUUACGUUGGUUUUAUUGAUGAAAGGCCUCGUCUGACGUUUUCACAAGGUAUACAUUUAUAUUGAGUAAGAACCAUUUGAGAUACGACGAAUUGCCCUAAAAGCUAGAUGACAUUCAAGAUUUGUUUAGUUUUACGUAAUUUGAUUUGAACAUUGUAUCAUACUAGGUCUGUAAUAUGUCUUUGAAAUGGCUGAUGUGUUAUUAAAUUGGUAAAGUUGUGUUUCCUUUACAAUAGUUUGUACAUAUACUCUAACUGUAUUUAAAGUUUUGUUGCAGUUAAGACCAUUAUAUUAGCAUAAUCCUUAUGAAACUUAGCAUAACUUUAGAUAAAUUAAUGGCUUUUUCGAAAUCUAUUUUAUCUAUAGACACUUGAAAAAAUAUGUGGCAAUGGGGAUGUACAGGAAACCACAAAAAGAGGUACACGUUAUGCUCAAAAGAAGAGUGACCGUUGGAUUGAUACGGCUGUAUCAGUAAACAAAAAAGGCUUCAAUGUUUUAGAUCUGGCGUUAGAGGAAAUAGCGGCUGUUAAAAAUGAUACGAUUACUGAGGAGAGAAGGAAAAUUGUCCGUUAUAUAGUUUGGGAAACUGGUCGUGAUUGCUUGCUUAGACUGCUUCGAAACAAAACUGGAAAUACAUUCAGCACGCCUUUCCGGGUACUCAUAGAAAAGAUGCCAGAGAUUGCAUUGGAGGUGAUGAAUAAAUGUAUUACAAAGAAAGGGAAGGAGAUACAUUUUCAUUACGAAUUCUUGGACGACACUUAUUUUCUGAAGUACUGGCCGCCGGACCAUGAUGAUUACCCGUCUACCUGGGAGCACCGUUUGUUGACAGAUACUGAGAACAUUGAGGCAUACAUAAAUAGUAUGAAGAAGAUGAAAACCAACCAUCCCCUCCGGUUGAUGAUGGAUUGCAAAAUGACAGAUCAUUCAUGUGAUGGAAUCUACCAAAAGCUUUUGGAUCACCCCCUUGUAGUAGCCUUAGUCAGCCGUAAAUGGAAUCAUAUAGGAAAGAAAUUCCAUGCAGUGAAUUUUCUACUUUAUCUGAUCUAUCUGGCUGUUUUCACUGUGUUUGUGAGUACCACUGUUCCGCCGUAUAUACAUUCUCGACGUCAAAGCGACAUAACCGCAUACGGGAACACGACUGCUGAUCCAAACGUCUCCCCGGCAGAGACUAAGUGCCAGAACACAACUACGAGCUCGAACAAGACCACAUUAGGAAAUCCUGAAAUCAAAAUAGCGUGUAAUUCUUUUGAAAGUAACAGAAAAUCAACGAUUGUAGAUAUGCAAUGCUUAGUCAUAGCCUUAUCUGUCAUCAUGAUUUUAAAAGAGGUUUACCAGCUGGUCCGAAUGUACGGACGUGAAUACUUCAAACAGAAAGAAAACUACGUGGAAUUAGCUGUUUACAUAUCCUCUAUCUUGUUUGUUGUAAACUUUACAGACUGCGAAAAUACAGACUACCGGGCCAAUUGGCAGUGGAUACUAGGCACAUUCUCCAUCCUUCUUGCGUGGACUAAUGUGCUGACAUAUGCCAGGAAGACUUAUUAUCUGGGAACCUAUGUUCUGAUGUUGUGGACAAUUAGCAAGACAUUUCUGACGAAGGUGUUACCUAUCGUCGCCGUCUUACUCACCGCACUUGGUACAGCAUUCUGCUGUGUACUCCAAAAUCAGGAUGAAUUUGGAAAUCUUGGGCAUUCCAUACUGGCGACGUCGUCAUUCAUGGUUGGCGGAUUUGAGUAUGGGGAAUUUAAGGGCUUUGUCGAUAACAAUAGUUUAGCCCCUGUCGGUUACGUAAUUUACAGUUUGUUUCUAAUUAUUACGAUUAUCGUCUUAAACUUGAUGGUCGGGGAGGCAGUGGAAAAUGUUGAGAUGAUUCACAAACGGGCAUGUAAUACCAGAUUUGCUCUACAGAUUAAAUACGUUUUGGAAUUCGAAGGAAUUAUAUGCUUUGUCAGUUCCAAACUGGAGAAGCUUUGCUGUAUCUUCAAGCUGAAGAAAUGGUUUUUUCUUAACCCAAACGAAGCAAUCAGUCUGAGAGAUUUUAAAUCAAGAGGACUUCAGGUGCAACCGAUUUUGGAUCUGAUAGAUAAGACCAAGGAGACCAAGGCAAAAGAAGGAAAAGAUGGUUUACAUGAAGAAAUCACUACUAUCAAAGAUGAAAUUCUGAGUAUGAAGGCGAAAAUAGAUGAACUAAGUACCAUUAAAGAUGAAGUUUUGAAUAUCAAGGAAAUGCUGAGUUUACUUAGCAAAGACUUGGCUAAUACAAACAAAACAUCAACGAACCUGAACUGACUUGAAAGAUUCAAAUGGCUUUGGGUGUUAUGUGAGACAAUCCUAUUGUAUGCUAUCAAAAUAGUAUUCAUGCGAGCAGUAUAAACUGUAUAAAUAACACAACAAAAGUUACAGGCGUUUGUCACGUCUAACGCUACCAGAUUCACAUAUACAUAUACAUAUUUGAAUGGUAAUAAUAGAUAAGUCAGUUUUGCAUUUAAAUCUAAAGUCUCUAAGAAUACAUUACUGUAUAAUUUCUAAAAAGUGGUGGCAACCUUUGAAACAUAACGUUGUAAAUCAGCACUAGCUAAGGGGAUGGUUUGUUUUAAUGAUUUAACUAGAUUCGUUUUAACGUAUAUCAAAUUUAUUGUAUAGGGAUAGGAACAUCCCUUACUACCUUAAAACGUCUAAGGUUGACUUUGGGUUCGCCCCGUUUCAAAAGUUUGUUUACAAAUUCUUACAUUCGUAAGAUUGAAAAACAUCAGUUGUUUUGGUAAAAGUAAUGAAAAAAAAAAUGUUGGAGUAUUUUGACUCAAUGAAACUUAAAAGUUUUGUUUUCAUGAAAAACUGAUGUAGAUAUAUUGACUCAAACUGAUAGAUUCCUUGGCUUGAAUGGUAAACUUGUUCUUUUUUAUUUUGUUUUCGAUGCACUUCUGAUAUCCAACAUGUGUGCAUGUACACCGCACUCGUGGCACUACUGAGUAAACAAUCGAGAAGCUUUGCCUUAUAAGUAUAUCAUUUUAGAUCAGUUAGGGUUAAGAAACGAUAUCGGAAAAACGGAAAUAAAUGAAUCUUGAUACAGGGUUUUAAAAGUUUUUUCAUCAGAUAAAUUAAAGUUAUUUUGUCAGCUAAGUUGGUAGAGUGUAGAGUCCCUUUCGGGAGGACCGGAGUUUGAAACCGGAAGCAGAAGGUUUUAAUCUUAACAUUUUUCAUUUCAAUUUUACCCUUACCUUUUGUCUUUCCUAUAUAGUACCUUGUGCCAGUUUUUUGCAUUCUUUUAAUUUCUUUGAAAUCAAACAGGACUUUCAGGCAGAUGCAAAUACACAAAUUGAAACAGCAGAAUGUGUUUUAUUUUCAGGUACGUUUUAUUCACAGUCGUUUAAGAAUAUACAAACUGUUCCAUACUUUAGCUUCAUUGCUUCAUAUACUUCUCCAAUGCAUCGUUAUGUGGUAGUUAAUUGUUUACUUAUUAUACGUCUCUUUGUUCAUUAUCGUUAAUGAAUUAACAUAUAUGUAUAUUUGCUGAGCUGCACUUAGACUUUUAUGCAAUAAAGCUGUCAGUACUUCCUA